UGGACGCUGGAAGGAGGAGAAGUUGGCUCCAAGGCAGAAAGCCAGCCCUGAUUGUAAAGAGAUAAAGUCAAGACGUGGAAUAAACAGUUGACUAGCCAUGAAUUGCCUCAGAACUUCCCCAAGUGACUCCUGGAUUUAUCCCACUGUGAUACUCUGCUUAUAUGGGUAUUUCUCCAUGAUGAGGCCUUCAGAACCAUUUCUUAUCCCAUAUUUGUCUGUACCAAAUAAAAAUCUAACUAGCACGCAGAUCACAAAUGAGGUCCUUCCCGUUUGGACGUAUUCCUACCUGGUGCUGCUGUUCCCCGUGUUUGUCCUCACGGACUACCUCCGCUACAAGCCCGUCAUCGUCCUGCAAGGCAUUAGCUUCGUGGUCACCUGGCUGCUGCUCUUGUUUGGCCAAGGGGUCAUGGCCAUGCAGGUGGUCGAGUUCGUCUUCGGGAUGGUCUCGGCCACGGAGGUGGCCUACUAUGCCUAUAUAUACAGUGUGGUGAGCCCUGAGCACUAUCAGAGGGUUAGCGGCUACUGCCGAAGCGUCACGCUUGUGGCCUACACAACGGCCUCGGUGCUGGCCCAACUCCUGGUGUCCCUUGGAAACCUGUCAUACUUUUACCUCAACGUCAUAAGCUUGGUGUCUGUCUCCAUGGCUUUCCUUUUCUCACUCUUUCUACCAAUGCCUAAGAAGAGCAUGUUUUUCCAUGCAAAGCCCAAGAGAGAAACUCCUGAAAAGCCACCAGAACAGGACCCUGUCCCCCAGGAAACUUGGCAGGGUCAAAAGUCAUCUUACCAAGAACCAGUCACCAUUCUGGGGAACCUGGAGGACGGCGAGAAGAGCAGCCCAGCACAUGAGGCUGUGAGGGUCUUUGCGCAGUGGUUCCAAGACCUGAAGGAGUGCUACUCGUCAGAGCGCCUGCGGUACUGGUCCCUGUGGUGGGCUUUGGCCACUGCAGGUUUUAACCAAGUUUUAAACUAUGUUCAAAUCCUGUGGGAGUACAAGGCACCCUUCCAGGACUCUGAAGUCUACAAUGGGGCGGUAGAAGCAACCGCAACUUUUGGAGGGGCUGUGGCUGCCUUCGCAGUGGGUUAUGUCAAGGUCAACUGGGACCUGCUAGGAGAGCUUGCUCUGGCGGUCUUCUCAGUGAUCAAUGCAGGCUCUCUGCUUCUUAUGCAUUACACACUCAACAUCUGGGUGUGCUACACUGGCUAUUUGAUAUUCAAGUCCAGCUACAUGCUUCUUAUCACCAUUGCAGUGUUUCAGAUUGUGGUGAACCUGAGCGUGGAACGCUACGCCCUGGUAUUUGGCAUGGACACCUUCAUUGCCUUGGUGAUUCAGACCAUCAUGACUGUGAUUGUGGUCGACCAGAGAGGCCUUAACCUGCCAAUCAGCAUUCAGUUUUUAGUGUAUGGAAGUUACUUUGCAGUCAUUGCUGGAAUCUUCCUAAUAAGAAGCAUGUACAUUCUCUACUCAGCCAAGUGCCGAAAGGAAGUUCAGAGCCCUGCUGCAAUUCAGAGGCUGGCCAAAGAGGAGAUACAAACUGUGUCCACCAAGCUCUGACCUGGUCACAUCAACUCCAACACUGUGAGUCAGUUAACAAGGGACAGGAUUUUGAGAUGGACGCGCCUUUUUUU